AUGAGUGAGCUGGAGGAGCUGAUCAAGCUACAGAAGGAUGCAGUCAAACGCGAAGCCAAAGCGCAUCACUCGCACUCGUCUGUCCUUUCCUCCUUCCAGAAAGAAUCCACGUCCUUCCACACCCUGCGCCAGAAGUUUGAAGCCGCGCAGGCGCGCCUCUCGUCGUCCGAGCAGAACGUAGGUAAUGCGCGGAAGUAUCUUGAGGAGGCGCAGGAGGGUGUAAGGGAUGUGGAGGAGAGGGUCAGGGCGAAGAGGAUGGAGGUGGAGGGGUUCAAGGAGGAGAGGAACGUCGGGGAGAAGGAAAGGGUGGUUAAGAUGGGGGCAUUGAGUGGGAAUGCUCCAGCGCAGGGCAUGGGAAGUCCAUUAAGGAAUGGGACCACGGAGCAGAUGGGGCACACACAGGCGCCACCGAUGAAGGAUGUGAGCAGUCCGGGGCGGAAGUCGGGGAGAAAGUUGGGGAUCUGGAAGUAG